AUGGAGAGAUGGAAGGCUACAGCCGAUCACUUUGCAUACCAGACUGGCAUCAGCGUGGACGAUGCCAUCAUCUUCCUCCUUCAACGAGCUCUGUCUCACCUUGAGUUGCCCGGGAGCCCUGUUCGGGUCCUUUUCCUGGACCUCAGCAGUGCUUUCAACACCAUCAGGCCAGCCAUCCUGAGGGACAAGCUGGAGCUCUCCAGAGUGGACUAA